AUGUGGAGCUUAAGACUCCGACCACUGCAAAGGCAGUGGGCGCCGACUCGCAGCCGAGCUCUAUCGAGCUUCAGAACCCACGGCAGUCGGCGUGGGCCUCGCAACAGUAUAGAAAGACCAGACCUUAUUCAGACCUCGAAAAAAGCCGAAUCAUCGCCACAGCCCGAACCUGCUGCACCCGAGCCUCAAGAUGCCUAUAACCCCAAUUAUGAUCCUUCACAAAAUACCCUACUUGCACCCGUCUACCUGCCAGAGGACCCCAAAGGUGUGCUGAAAGAAAACCAUCCUGCAAUCUCAAUAUUGGCGAACUCGGGAGUUGUAGUACAGCGACAACUCGAGAUGAUGAACGUUAUGAUUGGGUUUGAACAAGCGAACAAGUAUGUCAUCAUGGAUGCACAGGGAAACCAUAUAGGAUAUAUGGCAGAACAAGAAAAAGGGCUUGGAAAUGCCAUGGCGCGACAAUGGUUCCGAACCCAUCGAAGCUUCGUGACACAUGUGUUCGACCGACAAGAAAAUGAGGUUCUUCGAUUCAAUCGCCCCUUCUCCUACAUCAACUCCAAGAUUCAAGUAUAUGAUCCUCUUGAUAAAAACCCUAGUACCACCUCGCCAUCUACGUCGCUGCAAGGCGUGACAACCGACAUCACAUCUAAUGCACGGGUCUCGCCACUCAAUUUCAAUGAGAUGCGAGUCGUUGGUGAAGCCCAGCAACAAUGGGCGCCUCUGAGGCGCAAAUACAACCUCUUCACCUAUCACCAGUCUCCAAAUCCAGCGACAGACAUGGGGACACAAACCUUUCCCUUAUCCGGGUCUCAACUAUCACAAGGGCAACAAAUGCAACUUGCACAGACUUCUGGUCAAGGACAAGGCGAAUUCAACCAGUUUGCCUACGUUGACGAGCCAUUCCUAUCAUGGGACUUCUCGUUGAAGUCGGCAGACAACCAGUUGAUCGGAUCGGUUAACCGCGACUUUGCUGGUUUUGCCCGCGAGUUCUUCACUGACACUGGUGUUUACGCAUUGCGCAUGGAUUCUGCAGGCCUUGGUGCCCAGGUGCCAGCCGGCCACGCUGAAAAGGUUCCCGGUAUGACCCUGGACCAACGUGCUGUCAUGUUGGCCACAGCUGUCAGCGUCGAUUUUGACUAUUUCAGCCGCCACAGCGGUGCCGGCGGCUUUGGUUUCAUGCCACUGUGGUUCCCUGGUAUGGGCGGUGAGGCUGCCGCCGGGGGUGCAGCAGGUGGUGCAGCAGCGGGAGGCGCUGCUGAAGCCGGGGCCGUUGGUGAAGCGGCUGCCGGCACACUUGGGAGAGCUGGGGCCGCUGGUACUAUGGCCGAUGGCAUGGCUGCUGGUGCCACUGGUGCAGGCGCAAUGGCAGGGUAUGAAGCGAUGCAAAGAGGUCGCGGGGGUGAUCAGGAUGCGGCACCGCCUGACCAGCAACAAUCACAGCCACUGGACCAGGACUCCCAGGGUUUCUACGAUGAGCCCAAGGAUCCUUGGGGUCAAGAUGACCCCUGGGGCGAUGAAGGAGGUGAUGAGGGAGGAGGCGAUGAUUUCGAUUGGUUUUGA